AUGUCUUUGUGUAAAUGUUAUUAUAAUUAUAAACUUUUUGAAAAAUGUUAUGCUGUAAAAAUACAUAAAAAAGAUGAUAAGAAAAUAAAUCAAUCUAAUUUUCAAGAAUAUUUAUAUAUUGCAUUAUAUGGAUCAAGAAAAACUCUUAUUAAUGAACAGGAAUUUAAAAAUAUUUUUAUUAAUAAAUUAUUUUUGAAUAAAGAAAAACAAGAAUCUAAUGAUAAUGAAAAUUUAUCAAAAGAAAAUAAUGAUUCAAAUAAUAAUGAACAACAAUUACCUAAAGAUAACUAUGAACAAAUACCUAAAAAAGAAGAACAACAAAUUCCUAAAGAACAUGAAGAACAGCAAAUUUCAAAUAAUACUAUCCUGAUUGAAAAUUUAAAAAAAGCAAUCAAAGAUUCAAAUUUAGAAGAUUUAUUUUUAAAUAAACAAAUAUAUAAUGAAUUACAAUUAAAUAAUAGAAUUAAUGAAAUGAUAAAUGAAACAGAAAAUAUUGAUAAUUUAAAUAAAAAUCAAGUUUUAGUUAAUUUGAUUAAACAAUCUGAUAUAACAUUUUAUGAAAAAAAUUUAUUACAACAAAAUAGAAAAGUAAAAUUAAAUAAAUUACAACAAGAUCUUUUGCAAUAUUAUAAAAAAGAAAUUAAUCAAACAGAAGUUUUAUCACAAUUACGAGAAAUUCAAUUAACAAUUAGAAAUGAAGAAAGAUUAACAGCAGAACAAAAAGUAAUUUUAUUUGAUUUAGUAAAUGAAAAAUUUCAGAGAAAUACUCAACAAGAAAUAAUUCAAAAUAUUCAAGAAAAAAUUGAUAAAGAAACUAAUGUUGUUAAAUUGCAAGUUGAUAUGCAGGAAGAAAUUGAUAAUGAUAAAGAUCUUACUAAUCAACAAAAACAAGAAUUACAUAAUAAACAUAAUGAAAAAAUAAGAAAUUUACGUGGAAAUACAGAAAUGAUAAGAAUGCAACAAGAAAUAGAAAAUGAAAGUUUUCUUGGUAAUUUAUUAGAUGAAAGACAUCAUGACAAAAUGAUUCAAUUAAAUGCAUCAUUAAAUGAAGAUCAAAAAAAAAUAUUACAAGAUUUAAGAAAACAACACUUAGCUUUAUUGAUUAAUAAAAAUUAUGAUUCUUUAUUAAUUGAAAUUCAACAAUCAAAAGAUAUUGAUAGAUUAUCAGAUAAUAAUUAUUAUAUUAAUCGAAUAAAUGAAGUUAGAGAAGAAUAUUUAGAUAAUUUAAUUAAAAAUAGUGAAAAUAUAAAUGAAAUAUCAAGUAAUUCAGAAAUUUCACAAGAUAUAAAGGUAUUAAAUCAAACAUUAUUAACUGAGAAUCGAAAUUUAAUUAUAUUAGAAAAUAUACGAAGACAAUAUUAUAAUGAUGGAUUAUAUGAUAUUUUAAAAUCAGCAAUUGAAAAUGAAAAAGAUGUUGAAAAAUUAAAAAAUACUUGGUUAGAAGUAAUUGAUAAAUUAGAACAAGAAUAUUUAACAAAUGAUCGAACAAAACAUCCUAUUGAAGAAGUUGAAAAUAAUAAUCUGACAACAAAUCCUAAUAAAGCAGAUCAAGAACGUAAUUUAGCAGAAACAGUAGAAAGACAAAUACAAGAUAUAAUUAAUCAAUAUAAAAAAACUUUAAAUGUCGAUGAUAAAAGAAAAUUUUUUCCGAAUAUAAAAAAUAAACCUAUUUCUGAUAUUAUUAAGAAAAUAUAUGAUACUACAAAAGAUAAAUGA